GCCAUAGUCUCUCACUCUAUUCGUUAGUUAUACGCUAUACGCACCUCAUUCUCUGUGUCUCGCUCGCAGACACGAAACCCUAAUUUAUAUCCUCCCCAUCCAAAUCACCCCCCCUUCGCCGUCCGUCGACCCUAACCCGCCAUCAUCCACCGAAUCUUCCCAAAGGGAGGGAGAUUUUGGAGUGAUGAAGAUGAGAAAGCAAAAGGUUGUUGCAGAGGUUGUUGAUGUUGGUCAAGAUUUGGAGUCUGUGAUUCAUGAGCAUGCCAGUUUUUUCGACAAAUUGGUUGAACUUAUUCCAGCUAAGUUUUAUCUGCCAACUGAUGAUGAGAAACCGUGGUUUCAGGGUCUCAACAAGAAACAGAAAGAAAAGGCAAAGAAAAAAACUAUACAGAAUAUCAAGAAGUCUAAGGUGCAGCGUUUAGACCCUGAGAAGCCUGUAACCACGCUUGAACUUCUCAAGAAGAGUUUGGGAAAAGAAAAAGCGAAUGAAGGUGAGGAAGAAGAGGACGUGGUUAAGCCUUUUGUGUCGGAGUUGGACGGAGAUGAUCGGUCUGUGACCUAUGAAGAGCUUCGCCAAAGGCUUCAUCGCAAGCUUGAAGGGUUUCGGUCGACUCGUAACUGUGCAGAUCCGGAAAAGGCGGCUAAGAAGAGGGAAGAUAGGGACACCAAGAGAGGAUAUCAUUAUCAGGAUAAUAAACGCAAGAGGGAUGAUGCGACCGAUGAAAGUAAGCCUGCACCUGAUGAGAAGCUACAAGAGAAGGUGAAGAAGGAUGCCGCAGAGGCUUCGAAGCAGCUUGUGUUUGGUCACGUUAAACUUCAGGAUGAGGAAAUGCUAGGUAAGAAGAGAAAAAUUUCAAAGCACAAGGAACUUGAAAGGGCUAAGAAGUUGGAGGAACUGAAGAAGAAUGAUCCUGAGAAGGGUGAAGCUAUUGCUAAAAAGGAAGCAUGGAAAGCAGCAAUGGACAGAGCUUCAGGAAUUAAGGUCCAUGAUGAUCCCAAACUGAUAAAGAAAAGCAUACAUAAGGUGAAGAAGCAGCAAGAAAAAAAUGCAGAGAAAUGGGAAGAGAGAGUUCAAUCAAGGGAUCAGUUGAAGGCAGAGAAGCAAAAGAAAAGGUCAGAUAAUAUAGCUGAGAGGAUUAAUGAUAAGAAAAUGAGGAAGAUUGCAAAGAGAGAGAAAAAGCUAUUACGGCCGGGCUUUGAAGGUCGCAAGGAAGGUUUUAUUAAUAGCAGUUCUGGCUAACACUGCUACAAAGAUUAUUGAUUUGUACCUCUUUGCAUUGUUAUCAGAGGCAAAAAAACAUCCAUCAAUUUCAACGUGUGGCUUAGUAGAUUUCUUUAAAUUUUACAAAUUUUGUUUACUAUUAUUAACCCAUGUUAUAUUUUGGCAAUUACUUGUCCCUUUUUUUAACUAUGUCCAUUUAUCACUAGAAUACAGGCAUUUUGGUCAAUGAUAGUUGUGAAUUACAUAUUGUUGGUUUGCAUCAUAUCAUCAUGGCAGAUUUACCAGUUCAUUACCAUUA